UGCAGUGAGGUCAGCUGGGGUCUUGGACCCGACCAUCUUGCACAUCCAUAAAGCAAGGAAGGAUUUCAACUGCUCUGACUGGUGUGUGAAGGAAGCCUUGCUCGUCUGCCUUCAAACUACUGGGUAUCUGCCUCCACUCCCAUCCCUGUGCCUGUAUGGCUUCUUGGGCUUAGAAAGCUGGAGCAAGGAAGUAUGGGCUCAAUGGUCGUUGAGGAUGUGGCUGUGGUUUUUAGCCAGGAGGAGUGGGCUUUGCUGGAUCUCGCUCAGAGAAAACUCUACAGAGAUGUGAUGAUGGAAACUUUAAAAAACCUGGAAACAAUAGUCUCUGGAAACCUUCCUGCUGUAGAAAAGUCACACAUUGAUUCGACGGUGCUGCAAUUCAUAAAGAAUAACACUUUGUCCUCAGUGAUAGGAAUCUCUGAAUCCCAUGCCAGCGAAGAUCAGCAUAAAAUCCAAAGAGUAUCUUUGAGAAGUAAUACAAUAGAAAACCUCUGUGAAAGUAAAGAAAACAAUCUGUGUGGGGAAAUCAUCAGCCAGGUUCCAAAUCUUACUAUGCUUAAAAGAAAUCUUCCAGAAGUGGAUCCUUUUGAAUACUUUCAGUGUGGAAAAACCUCCAUGGAUCAUCCAUCAGAUAAGAAAGGUAGCACAUCUGACACUGGAUGCAGUAUCUGUCAAUAUAAGGAAUAUGGAGAAGACUUUAGUUGUUCCUCUCACUUCACCAUUCCUGUAGGAACUCUUAAUGGAACCACACUCCAUAAAUAUAAAGCCUAUGGGAAGGACUUCAAUGAUAUCUCUCUAUAUAAGGCUCCUGUGACAUCACUCAGUAGUGAGAAACUGUAUGAAUGUCACAAAUGUGGGAGAUAUUUAUGUUUUUCAUCAUUUGAAGCACAGGUGAGGGGUCAUAUGAAUGAAUGUAAAGAAUGCGGUAAAGCCUGUAGUCCGUUAUCCCCCAAUACAGAUAAAAAAAUUCAUAAGAGAUUCAUGCCUCUUGAAUAUAAGGACUGUGGAAAAACGUUUCAUAGCCCCUCACAUCUCAGCAGUUAUAGGAGAACUCACAGUGGAGAAAGUGCCUAUGAAUGUAAGGAAUGUGGGAAGGCCUUUAGUGAAGCUGCUAAGCUCACUCGACAUAUUAGUACUCACAUUGAAGAGAAACUGUAUCAAUGUAAGGAAUGUGGGAAAGCCUUUAAAUGUUCCACAUACCUCACCACUCAUAUAAAAACUCACAGUGGGAAAAGGCCUUAUGAAUGUAAGGAAUGUGGGAAAGCCUUUAAAUGUUCCACACACCUCACCACUCACAUAAGAACCCACAGUGGAGAGAGGCCCUAUGAAUGUAAAGAAUGUGGGAAAACCUUCAGUCAAGCCUCAAGUCUCACUUCACAUAUAAGAAGAAAUCACAGUGGAGAGAGGCCCUAUGCAUGUAAAGAAUGUGGGAAAACCUUUAGUGAUUCUUCAACCCUCACUAAACAUAAAAGAAUCCACAGUGGAGAGAGGCCAUAUGAAUGUAAGGAGUGUGGGAAAGCCUUCAGUUUGUCGUCAACCCUAAGGAUUCAUAGAAGAACUCACAGUGGAGAGAGGCCAUAUGAAUGUAAGCAAUGUGGGAAAACCUUUAAAUGUUCCUCAACCCUCACCAUUCAUGUAAGAACUCACAGUGGAGACAGGCCCUAUGAAUGUAAAGAAUGUGGGAAAGCCCUCAGUAGAGCCGCGUAUCUCACUACACACAUAAGACGAUUUCACAAUGGAGAGAAGCCUUAUAAAUGUCAGAAGUGUGGGAAAAUAUUUAGUGAUUCCUCAAACCUCACUAAACAUAUAAGAAGUCACAGUGGAGAGAGGCCAUAUGAAUGUAAGGAAUGUGGGAAGGCCUUUAGUUUUUUUUCAACCCUGAGGAUUCAUAUGAAAACUCACAGUCAAGAGAGGCCGUAUGAAUGUAAGCAAUGUGGGAAAACUUUUAAAUACUCCACACACCUCACCACUCACAUAAGAACUCACAGUAUAGAAAGGCCCUAUAAAUGUAAGGAAUGUGGAAAGGCUUUUAUUAAAAUCUCAAAUCUCACUAGACAUAUAAGAAGUACUCACAGUGGAGAGAGACCAUAUGAAUGUAAGCAGUGUGGGAAUGCCUUUAAAUGUUCUUCAGCCCUCACCACUCAUAUAAGAACUCACAGUGGAGAAAGGCCCUAUGAAUGUAAAGAUUGUGGUAAAUCUUUUAGUCGAGGCUCCUACCUCACUACACACAUAAGAAUUCACAAUGAAGAGAGGCCCUAUGAAUGUAAGGAAUGUGGGAAAGCAUUUAUUGAUUCCUCAGCCCUCACUAGACAUUUCAGAACUCACAGUGGAGAGAGGCCCUACAAAUGUAAGGAGUGUGGGAAAGCCUUUAUUGAUACCUCAGCUCUCACUAGUCAUUUCAGAACUCACAGUGGAGAGAGGCCCUAUGAAUGUAAAGAGUGCGGGAAAGCCUUUAGUCAUCACUCAACUCUCACUAAACAUACAAGAACUCACAGUGGAGAGAGGCCAUUUGAAUGUAAGGAAUGUGGGAAAGCAUUUAGUGAUCCCUCCACCCUCACUAAACAUAUCAGAACUCACAGUGGUGAGAGGCCAUAUAAAUGUAAAGAAUGUGGGAAAACUUUCAGUUAUUCCUCAACCCUCACUAAACAUGUAAGAACGCACAGUGGAGAGAGACCCUAUGAACAUAAAGAUACUGAAAGCUCUUAGUUUGAGCCUCACUUCUCACCACAAGUAUGAAUAGUUUCACGGAAGAGUGGUUUUUGACCGUUAGCAAUGGGGAAAAGAAUUUAAAUGAGCCAAACGCCUGAGUACUUAGAUAAAAGCAGUGGAGGGAGGCCCUCAGAGUAUGUGGAAUGAGAAACUUUUAGUUGUUUUGCCCUCACAUGACAUAACAGUUCACAGUGGAGAAAACCCUAUGAAUGUAAGGGAUUUGAGAAUGCUUUUAAUGGAUACUUAUAUCUUAGUAGAUAUAUAAAAAUUCACAUUGAAGAGAGGCUUCAUGAAUGUGAAAAUGCUGGAAAGCCUUUCCCUGUUGUCAUCCACAGUGUUUUUUUCAUAUUGGUCACGGUUUAAAUGUUUCCUAUUACUUCAACAGAGCCAAGGAGAACAACAAUUGUCUCAAACAGUAACCCUAUUAUUAGAAAGCUCUACUUGGUUUAUGCUUCCUAACCCCUCUCCAAAGACUGAAUAAAUCCAGUCCUGUUGAACUAAUAGGCGGGGUCUUUAAAAACGUAUGGAAAAAAUAUUAUAUUGAAAAAUGAUGCAUGGAUGCCAAAUUUUUAUGUGGCAAAAUAAAGUCAUAAUAACUUUGUAAUAUGUCUGAAUGGGGUAAUAGUAGAUCAGCAUUAAAAGAACUCAUAAGAUAAACAAGAAUUCUUAGAAUGAAGCAAGCACAAACACCAGGUUUAAGAUGAUUGUUAGGUCAAUGAAUGGCGAAGUUGGUGCUUUACAAAAUGUUUAUGGGGGUAAUGCCUCAAACAGAUCAGCAGUUUAGAAAUAGAUAAGAAGGUACACGACAUUGUUGGGGAUAGAAUACGCAGUAGGAGGACAUUCACAUCAAUUCUCACGGAAACAAUCUUGUUCAGCAGCAGAAACACAAUAGGCACCACCAUAGACACCUCAAUUUGUUCAGCUUUCAAAAUUGACUGAACAUUUAAACUUGAGCUAACUUCCAGCUCACUGUGUGCUAAAACUGUUGUAGCUGAGUCAGUUGCAGACAAUAGCCAUGCUUUCGUUGGCAAUCUUAAAUAGAAAUUCAGAAGUUUUUCUUCCAAGAAAAACAGGUGAUGAAGUGCGGUCCUGAAACACUGCACACACAAACCAGUCACUGCUGUGAUGUAGAUGAGGGCCAAGAAAAGCAGCGGCAAACCACUCCAGAGCAAUCGUCAUGGUGACGGUUUCUUGGCAUGCUCCAGGCCUACUGCUUUCUGACCUCCGGGAAGGGCAAAGAUCAAUAACAGCAGCUUAUAAAGAGAGUGUUUUGAGAAAGCCACCUCUUUAGCAGAAAAAUGACUGGUAAAGCUUUGCCAGAGUCUUUAUCUACCACAACAAUGUGAUAGCUCAUUUCAUCAAAGAAGGUUAAAUGUGAUGGAAUUUCCUGGGAAAUCAUUAAAUGAGAAACAUGUAA